AGCCAGCCUCCCUCAGUGUUUACGUUGAGCAGUGUGGCGGCUUCCCCUUCCUCACCCUGGGGCCGCACGCUUGUUUCCAUUUGAUUACUUGAUUACUUGCUCCUGAAAACACUGCAGAAGAAGAAGCCACGACAUUUCCAACCCCUAACACACUGAAGAAUAUUUCCCCACCCCUGCACCGCCUGGACCCCACAGCUGACCAAGGCAAGGGAGGGACUUCAAGGGGAAAAAAAAGAAGCUUACUAGACGCUGUUCUGAAUAAAAGAAAAAAGAACAAGAGGUCAAGAUCUCAUUCUUUUCCUGAAGGUGUUGUCAGUAGUGGCUGAAGGGGAACCAAGGUCUGCUGAGUCUCCUCGUGCCCGGCAGCUUCCAGUACCCAGCGGCCGUGGCAUCCUGAGCCUCCCCACAGCAGACAGUCUCCCCCUGAGCCCCAGGUGCCAGUGCCAGGGUGGGCCGCGGCACUAUGGCGGAGAAGGAGUUCAAGCUGGACCAUGACUGUGAGCUGCGCUUUGAGGUGGAGAGCAAGAAGGAUACGGUGGAGCUAAAGUUGACCAGCGGCAAGGCGGAGGUGUUUGGCACUGAGCUGGCACCCGACAAGCCCUACACCUUCUUCCCCGGUGCCAAGGUGGCUGUCUACACCUGGCACGGCUGCGGCCUCAAGCUGACCGGCGCCACAGAGGGGACUUAUGUGGCCAAGGAGACGCCCAUGGUGAUGUACCUCAACACCCACGCUUGCCUGGAGCGGCUGAGGAAGCACGCUGACGAGGGUCUGGGGCGGGGCGAGGAGACCCGCGGCCCCGUCACCAUGGUGGUCGGCCCUGGUGCGGUGGGCAAGUCCACACUCUGCCGCAUCCUCCUCAACUACGCCGUGCGGAUGGGGCGGCGGCCCAUCUUUGUGGACCUGGAUGUGGGCCAGGGGGCCAUCUCCAUACCUGGGACCAUUGGCGCCCUGCUGGUGGAGCGCGCGGCCUCGGUGGGUGAAGGGUUCUCCCAGGAGGCGCCGUUGGUCUACAACUUUGGGCACCUGUCCCCCGCCAGCAACCCCACGCUGUACAACAUCCUGGUGUCCCGCAUGGCAGCCACCGUGCAGGAGAAGAUGGCCAGGAACAGGAAGGUGGCUGCAUCGGGCGUGGUGAUCAACACGUGUGGCUGGGUGAAGGACGAGGGGUACAAGAGCCUGACCCACGUGGCGCAGGCGUUUGAGGUGGACGUGAUCAUCGUGCUGGACCAGGAGAGGCUGUACAAUGAGCUGGUGCGAGACAUUCCCUUCAUCAAGGUCGUCUUCCUACCCAAGAGUGGCGGGGUCGUGGAGGGCACCCAAGCCAUGCGCGCCUCCUCCCGUGACGACCGCAUCCGAGAGUACUACUACGGCCUGCACACCAAGUACCACCCCCACAGCUUUGAGGUCAAGAUGUCACACUUCCAGAUAUACAAGAUCGGGGCCCCAGCGCUGCCAGACUCCUGCAUGCCAGCGGACAUGAAGGUGGAUGACCACAUGACCAAGCUGGUGCCUGUGGAGCCAGGCGUGAAGCUGAAGCACCACAUCCUCGCUGUCAGCCUGGCCACCGACCCCGAGGAGCUGCUCACCUCCAACGUGGCCGGCUUCAUCUGCGUGCUGGAAGUUGACGAGGAGAACAAGUUGGUCAAGGUCCUCUCGCCCCAGCCCAAGCCCCUGCCCAAGACCAUCUACAUAUUGACAGACGUACAGUUCAUGGACUCCUCGUAGGCCCAGAGCACCACCACUGUGUGUUUCCUAUAAGUCCUCACCAGUAACGUUUGCAUACCGUGUAUGUCGCCAUCAUCAUUGCCAUCACAAAGACAGUCUCUCACCCGGAGCGGCUAGGCAGUCUCUGGCCCGGAGCGGCUGGAACACUGCCCUAUGUGCACUUGUGUGGAAGGUGAGAUGGAUUUAUAAGUGAAAGAAAGAAGGAAGAAAUGAAGAGAGAGACAAGUAAGAAAGGUGAUUCCCUCCAAAGCCAUGAUGGGUUGACUGGAGUGUUACUUUAGGGAGGGAGGGAAAGAGAGAGGGGAGGGAAGGUCGGAGGUAGGGAGUGGAGUCUUUAAAGAAGGAGAAUGAUUUUAACCUAGAGGAGGGGGAGUAGCUGUAGAAGUAGUAUUACCAUUAUCAUUAGUAGGUAUACCAAUAAUAGUAGUAGUAGUCGUAGUAGUUCUUGUAGCAGUAUUUAAGUUAACCUAGAAGAGUAGUAGUAAUUGUAGAGGUACCAGUCUUAAUAGCAGUAGUACCAUAGAUGUAGUAGCAGUAAUUGUAAUUGUAGUAGUAGUAGUAAUUGUAAGUGUAGUAGUAGUAGUAGUAGUAACAGUCGUCAGCAGAGCCUCCUUGAAGAGUAUUAUCCAUGUCAGUUUCGCCUCCCAAAACAUGUGCAAAAAAAUAAUAACAGUUGAAAAUGUUGCCUCACCACACAAGUAUAUAUAUACAGGAGGAUGUCAUUUUAUUUUCUACUUUCACAAGGUUUUUUUUAACAAUGUCAUCACAAGUUUGUUAAUAAAUUGUGGUCAUGAAUUACUUA